GUCAAAAUCAGAGCUUACUAUAAAAGGAGAAUAUCAGUUCCCUACCUUCUCAGCUUGGAAUUUGAAUUGGAAUAGCCACAUACUAUUUCUCUAUAUUCAUUUAGUUUCAGCUAAACAGAUUUGCUGACAUGGUGAAGUUUUCAUAUAGCACAAGAUCUGCCACAAAUUUCUUCUUCUUCUUUUUCCUCUUCUUGCUUUCUUUAACAAGUGUACCAGUUGCAGAGGCCAGAGUUCGUUAUUACAAAUGGGAGGUUAAGUAUGAGUUCAAGUCUCCUGAUUGCUAUAAGAAGUUGGUUAUUACUAUUAAUGGCAGAAGUCCAGGACCCACAAUCAUUGCACAGCAAAAUGAUACCAUCAUCGUUGAAGUUAAGAACAGUUUGUUAACAGAGAAUCUUGCAAUCCAUUGGCAUGGAAUUAGACAGAUUGGAACACCUUGGUUUGAUGGAACAGAAGGGGUUACUCAGUGUCCAAUUGUUCCUGGAGAUACCUUCAAAUAUCAGUUUGUCGUCGACAGACCUGGAACAUACUUGUAUCAUGCCCACUAUGGAAUGCAAAGAGAGGCAGGGCUUUAUGGAUCAAUUCGUGUAUCACCACCUGCUGGACAACCUGAGCCAUUUGCCUAUAAUUAUGAUCGAAGCAUCAUCCUUACUGAUUGGUACCAUAACAGCACUUACGAACAAUCAGUAGGAUUAUCUUCGAUUCCCUUUGUCUGGGUUGGGGAGCCUCACUCACUGUUAAUACAAGGAAAAGGAAAAUUCAACUGCUCAACUCCAGGGAUACCAGCUGGUGUAUGCAAUGCUUCAAAUCCUGAAUGCUCUCCUUAUUCGAUGACGAUUGUCCCUGGAAAGACAUAUCGGCUCAGAGUUUCUAGCUUGACAGCCUUAUCAGCUCUCAGUUUUCAGAUUGAAGGACACAAUAUGACUGUUGUGGAAGCAGAUGGGCACUACGUUCAACCAUUUGUAGUUCAGAAUCUUUUCAUAUACUCCGGCGAGACAUACUCUGUUUUAAUAAAAGCUGACCAAGAUCCCUCCAGAAACUAUUGGAUGACCACCAACGUUGUCAGUAGAAAACCAUCAACCCCACCUGGCCAAGCCAUCUUUAACUACUACCCAAACCAUCCCCAGAGGUUUCCUCCGACGACUUCUCCGUCUGGCCCUGCAUGGGAUGAUGUUGAACCAAGGUUUGCUCAAAGUCUAGCCAUUAAAGCUCACAAAGAUCACAUCCACAAACCUCCCCAAAUCGCUCAUAGAAGUAUAGUAAUGCUCAAUACACAAAAUAGGGUAAACGGUUUUACGAGAUGGUCAGUGAAUAAUGUCUCCUUCAACCUCCCACACACCCCUUAUCUUAUAUCACUGAAGUACAAACUAAACCAUGUGUUCAGCCAAGUCCCACCUCCUGAUGGCUAUGACUUCAAGACUUAUAAUAUUUAUAAUGUUUCCGACAACCCAAAUGCUACAACUAGCAAUGCCGUUUAUCGCCUGGCCUUCAACACAACAGUGGAUGUUAUUUUACAAAAUGCAAAUUCCAUGAAUAAUAAUACAAGCGAGACACAUCCUUGGCAUCUCCAUGGGCAUGAUUUCUGGGUUCUCGGCUAUGGAAAGGGCAAAUUUGACAUAUAUAAUGACCAGAACAAGUUCAAUUUGGUGGAUCCCAUAAUGAAGAAUACGGUGCCGGUUCAUCCUUAUGGAUGGACUGCUUUGAGAUUUCAGGCAGAUAAUCCUGGCGCCUGGUUAUUUCAUUGCCAUAUUGAAUCACAUUUCUUUAUGGGAAUGGGAGUGGUGUUUGAGGAAGGGAUUGACAAGGUAGGAAAAUUGCCCUCCUCUAUUAUGGGCUGUGGUGAAAGUAAAGGUUUCAACAGGCCAUAGUUCUUGAGGAAAUUAACCAUGCUGCCUAACAUUUACUGGUUUAUGGGAUUUUUGUCUAUCCAGACUUCCAACAAUCUUAAAGUUAUUUAUUAGAUGCAGCGUCAAACUCAUUAAUG